UCUGCAUGAGAUUUAACAGGCUGUUUUUCCAAGCCUCCAUUUUGCCUCCUUCUUGUUCCUUACUCAUGGGAGCUCGACAUCUGUAGAGGAAACAAACGAAAUUGAUCAUCAUCUCUCUGUUAUAUACGUUGGCUUGACAGGCAGAUAUCAGUAUUUACGCUCCGUUGCUAAUGGAAGGGUACAGCAUUUUCGCUCUGGUUCUACUCUGUGCUGCUCAGACGUUCUGUAGCCCUGUCGACUAUCAGAGUUCAUCAUAUCAAAGAAGUCUGGUUCAUGACGAUAAAGAUCAACUUUCUGGUGACGACACGAUUUUGGAUCACAUCGUCAAAGUUAAUAAAGAUGAUGACGUAAACAUGUACGAGGCAGAUAUCGAGUUAUCACCUGAUGACAAUGUCGAUCUGAGUGAUGAUGGUGAUGUGGACGGAUCGGGGAUAGGUCUGAGGGAGAAGCGCAAUGCUGCACGUGACCGAAAAAAGCUCUGGGUUACUCGUGUUAUCCCUUAUGAGUACGACAGUGGUCUUCCUGACAGCUUCAAGCCAACAAUUCAGGAAGCCAUAGCCGAAUUUGAGACCAGGACGUGUCUGAAAUUUGUGCAGAGAAGUAGCGAGACCUUGUUUAUCAAAAUUGUCCAUGAGCCAGGGUGCUGGUCAUCAGUUGGUCGUCAAUAUUGGAGGUCAGGAACAGGACAAAAGCUGUCUCUUGGUCCCGGGUGUAAUCACAAAGGGACCAUCAUGCAUGAAUUGAUGCAUGCUGUUGGUUUCUGGCACGAGCAGUCGCGACCAGACAGAAAUCUUUACGUGGAGGUACUUUGGGAGAACAUAGCGGCUGAUGAGGAUCACAACUUUAACAAGUACAGCCAUCGCGAUAUCGACCGACUUAAGGUCCCGUAUGAUUUUGACUCCAUCAUGCACUACGGGCGUAAAAGCUUCUCCAAAAAUGGCAAAGAAACCAUCAGAUCCAUCCUGGAUCCUAGUAGGACUUUGGGACAGAGGAAUGGAUUUACUGACCUUGAUGUUCAUGAAAUAAAUGCACUCUAUGAUUGUGCAACAAGUGGCAGUUGGAGUACCUGGUCAGAAUUCGGUCCAUGCAGCACCUUCUGUGUUAAAGAUCGUCAACGUUUCUGCACCUCUGGUGACGUGGAUAAGGACUGUCCAGGAGCGGACCAGUACGGAGUUGAACUAGAACAAGUCCAGUGCAGUGACAAGGAGUGUCACGCACCCAUCGACGGUCACUGGGGCCGCUGGUCAUCAUGGGGUUUGUGCAAUGCUGAAUGUGGGUUUGGAACACAAACCAGAACAAGAUCCUGUGACGAUCCACCUCCACGAUAUGGAGGCAAACAAUGCACUGGUAUCUCGAAAGGUUCCCAAGACUGCAAACUGAAGUCAUGUGGAAUCGGGCCUUAUGAUUGUGAAUUUGACUUUGAUGGGAUGUGCCAUUGGAAGACAGAUGACAGUAAUCCCUCAGGUUUCACCUGGGAGCGAAACUCAGGCACCACACCUUCGUCUAGUACUGGACCAUCCGGAGAUCAUACAUCCGGACCAGGCUACUACCUAUAUGCCGAAACCAGUGGUAUUCUUAAAGGAGACCAGGCACAGCUUGUCAGCCGAACCUUCCCUGCAACUAACGGUCGUUGCAUGACGUUUUGGUAUCACAUGUAUGGCUCAGGGAUGGGAGAUUUGAAUGUGUAUGUCAAUAUCAACGGUACCAAACAUAAGGUCUGGACCAUGUCUGGUGACCAAGGAGACGAAUGGAAAAUGGCCAGAGUUACUCUUGUUAGCAAGGGGUACCAAUACCAAGUGAUAUUCGAGGCAGUUCGUGGAUCAAGUUUCCGAAGUGACAUUGCACUGGAUGAUAUAAGCUUUAAGGAUUAUCCUUGCCUGGAAGCCGUCGGUUGUUACUUGGACAGCGUCUCUGCGCGUGCGUUUCCCGAUUUAGUUAAGAACUUUCGAGGACAUAUAGACUGGUACCACAUAGAAAACACCAUCGGCGACUGCGCCAAAGAAGUGCAAAAGCUAAACCUCGCGGUUUUUGGUCUUCAGUACUAUGGAGAAUGCUGGAGUGGCAGCCCAGAGAAGAUACAGUAUGACAAAUAUGGAAUUGCCCCAUCUGAGGGCUGCUGGGAGGGGGUUGGAAAGCAUUGGACAAACUUUGUUUAUAAGAUAGUUUAGUAGAAGCCUGGAAGGACAUGGCUUAUCAAACAAAGAUCAUUAAAGGAAACAAACCUGUUUAAAACAAUAAUAAUUAAAUCUAGUACUGGAAACUUAAAAAAAAUCUCAAUAAAGGAAGUU